UUAUUUGAAUUUUUCAUUUUCAUUUUUCUUUAUUUUUUUUAAAAAAAAUUUGAUAAAAUUUUGGCUACUUUAAAUUCCUUUCUGCCCAUUUAAGAAUGGGAAAUGGCAGAUUACCAAUCAUCCUUUCCCCUCUAAAGGAAACAACCAUCAUUGCUCCCAACAAUCCUUUUCAACCUUUGAAACCUGAGCUUGCUUCUAAGAUAUUCCCCUUCAUCAUCAAUUCAAUUCCCUUCUUUUAAUUCCAAUUUAAUUUUUUUCCCCCAUAAAAAUAAAAAUUUAAUCUUUUUUUCCACAAUUUAAAUACCCCCUUCUUUACACCCCUUUUUCCUUCCUCUCCUUCAUUCACUCCUCCACCCUAAACUUCAAAAUCUUUCCUCUGUUUUUCUUUUUUUAAAGAAUUUUCCUCUGUUUUUUUUUGUUGAGUAAAUAAUGGAUCCAAGUUCCUCUGUUAAUGGGUUUUACAGCUUCUUAACAAGAGGAAUAGAUGAUCUAGAAAGAGUAUUCCUUUCAAACAAUUUCAUGUCAAUCCAAUUUCUACAAAGAACUCUUUCUCUCCUUCGAUCAUUUCAUUCCCAAUUAACACUUCUUGUCCAAAAACUCCAACUCCCUGUUGGAGACAAAUGGCUUGAUGAAUACAUGGAUGAAAGCUCUAAACUUUGGGAAGCUUGUCAUAUCCUUAAAUCUGGAAUUUCUACCAUGGAGAAUUACUACUCUUCUGGCCUCAACAUCGCUUCGUCUCUCGACUCCCAUCGCCAUAUCACUCCUCAGCUUUCUCGACAGGUGAUUCGGGGACUAUCAGGGUGUAGAAGGGAAGCAAUAGGAAUGGAAGAGGAAAACAGAGCAUUAGUGGAGACAAGAAUCCAAGCAUUAUCCCUUCGAUUCGACGAAAAAGUAUCAAUCGAAUCGAAAUUGAACGGUUUCAACGGUUUCAGAGGUGUUCUAUAUGCUAUGAGGAAUGUGAGUUCUUUACUGCUAAUGAUCCUUGUAUGUGGAUUAGUGUACUGUUGGCCAGAAUCCAACUUUCUGAGAGGAGGAUAUGAAGGGUGUGUGAUAUUUGGAUCAGCAUUUAUGGUAUCAACAGCAAGGUUACAGCAAAGGAUGGCUGCACAGAUCAAUCAGAUCAAUGGAGGGAGACCUGGUGUUUUGUUGUACGAGUUUCGAAGAUCGAAGGCGGCCAUGGAAGAGCUUAGGGCUGAGUUGGAGAGGAAAGGUGGUGAGAGAUUGGAGUGGGAAUCUGAGGUUGGGAUUAGGGACAGAGUUGAGAAUUUGAAGGGUUGUUUUGGGGUUUUUAGAUCUGGUGCUGAUAAUAUUAUCACACAACUUGAUGAUUUCUUUGAUGAAAUUGUUGAAGGGAGGAAGAAACUUUUGGACUUUUGCAGCCACAGUCACAGGUAAAUUUUUAUUUAAUAAUAUUAUUCCUCCAAACACUAAGUGUGUGUGAAAGAGUGAGUGAAUGAGUUGGAUGGAUGGAUGGAUGGAUGGAUCAUGGACGGAAUCUAUGUUACUCUGACUCGGGUAUUACUACUCAAACUCGUGGUACGAGUGUCGGAUACGGGUAUGGAAUUGACACAGAGAAAAAGAAAGCAACACAAAACAGAAGAUUGAAGAGGAUGACACACAGGAACAUAAACAAAAACAAAAAAAAAAAAAAAAAAAAAAAGAAAAAGAAAAAAGGAAGUUAAUUAGAUGAUCAACCAUAAAAAAGAAGGUGGUUGUGGUUGUGGUUGUGGUUGUUGUUGUUGGGUAAGGCCUUUUUUCCCCACAUUUUGCUCUUCUUGGUUCCCUUUGUGCACUUCUUUUUUGCCCAAAUCCCAUUAACAACAACAACAACACAGAUGAAUCAAGGAGGGUGUGUUUUUUCCCAGAAAGCCCUUAGAUAAAGGGACUUUUUAAUUUUUCCUUUUUAAUUUUCUUAUUUUUAUUAGAUGGGAAUAUUAUUAGCUAGAAAUGUAGUAGAAUUAGUAGUAAUUUCUCCAGUUUUUUUUGUUUGUUUUACUUUUCAUCUACUAGUAUAUGAUUCCAUACUGCUGUAAUCAAUCAUUUUCAAUGUAGAGGAGUUUCAAUGUAAUCUA